GGCGGCUCCUGCCCGGGGAGGCCGGGCCAGCAGAGCCGCCCCCUUCCCGGUCCCUGCCCCGGCUCCCGGCUGAGGGCGAGGACCGUGCCGUGCCAUGGCCGCUCCCUGCUACCUGGGCUGGGAUUUCAGCACGCAGCAGUUGAAAGUCAUUGCUAUUGAUGAACAGCUGAGGGUCAUUUAUGAGGAUAAUGUUCAUUUUGAUAAGGACCUUCUGGAAUUUGAGACUCAAGGUGGAGUCUAUAUUCACAGUGACAGACUGACAGUCACUUCACCAGUGCUUAUGUGGGUCAAGGCUCUGGAUAUGAUCUUGGAAAAGAUGAAGUCUUCAGGCUUUAACUUCUCUCAAGUCAGAGCUUUGUCUGGUGCUGGCCAGCAACAUGGGAGUGUGUACUGGAAAAAAGGAAGCAUCCAGAUUUUAAAGAGUGCAUCAUCUGAGCAGCCUUUACAUCAAUCACUAAAGGGCUGUUUUUCAGUCACUAACAGCCCCAUCUGGAUGGAUUCCAGCACAACCUCCCAGUGCAGAGCGCUGGAGAAAGCCGUGGGGGGAGCCCAGCAGCUGGCCAGUGUCACUGGCUCCCGGGCCUAUGAGCGUUUUACAGGAAACCAGAUAGCAAAGAUUUACAGCCAGAAUCCUGAGGUCUACAAGCAAACUGAGAGAAUCUCUUUGGUCAGUAGCUUUGCAGCUUCCCUUUUCCUAGGAACUUAUGCACCCAUUGAUUACAGUGAUGGUUCUGGUAUGAACUUGCUGCAGAUUUGGGAAAAGGCAUGGUCAAAGUCCUGCCUUGAUGCUUGUGCCCCUGGAUUGGAGGAGAGACUAGGAUGCCCUGUACCAUCCCACUCAGUCCUGGGGCCGAUUUCUCCAUAUUAUAGUCAGCGUUAUGGGUUUAGCCCAGACUGUAAAAUAGUAGCAUUUACAGGAGACAAUCCAGCAUCACUGGCAGGGAUGAGGCUUCAAGAAGGAGACAUUGCAAUUAGCCUUGGCACAAGUGACACAUUGUUCCUGUGGAUCCAAGAGCCAACUCCUGCCUUAGAAGGUCAUAUCCUCUGCAAUCCUGUUGAUUCUCAAACAUAUAUGGCACUUUUAUGUUUUAAGAAUGGUUCUCUGAUGAGAGAGAGGAUCAGAGAUGACUGUGCCUCAGGCUCCUGGGAUGAAUUCUCCAAAGCCUUAUCAUCAACUGUUGCUGGGAACGGUGGAAACUUGGGUUUCUACUUUGAUGUGAUGGAAAUUACUCCUGAAGCAGUUGGGAUUCACAGAUUCAACAGAGACAACCAAAAGGUUUCAAGCUUUCCAAAGGAAGUAGAAAUACGAGCGUUGAUUGAAGGGCAGUUCAUGGCCAAGAGGAUUCAUGCUGAAAAGCUGGGAUAUAAAGUCUUGCCUAGAACAAGGAUUUUGGCUACUGGUGGUGCAUCCCACAAUAAAAAGAUCUUACAGGUCCUGUCUGACGUGUUCAACGCACCUGUGUUCACCAUCGACACGGCCAACUCUGCUUGUCUGGGAAGUGCUUACAGAGCAAUCCAUGGACUUGUAGCUGAGAGGAAUGUGUCCUUGGCUGAUGUUGUGAAAUUAGCACCGGAGCCCAGAUUGGCUGUUACACCCACCCCAGGGGCUGAGGAGCUCUAUCGUCCACUUCUGAAAAGAUAUGCUGAACUUGAACAGAAAGUUAUCUACAACCCAACCUCUUCUUGUCCUGCGAAAUAGAAGCAAACAAAAUUUAUAUGUUGGCUGAGUGAACUCCCAAGGAGAAGAUCAGAAGAGAUUUUCUCAGAAUUUACUGGAGCUGUUUAAAUCAUUUCAUUCCUCUUUGUAGACAAAUAAUUUUUAAAUGUCUGUGUUUGAGUGUGUUGGUGGGGAAAAAAUUACAUUGUGAUUGAAAACCUUUUUCUGACCUAGAGAUGGGGCUCUAGAGAGGCAUUUUAAAAACUUUUAUUCCAUUUUCAGUUUCAUGAGAAGGAUGAGACAGUACAGAUGUGAUGAUUCACAUCAUCACAAACAGAAGCUAAGCUAUUUCUUAAUUACAACACAUUAUAAGUGUUUUUUGGCCUAUCAGCUUUUGCCACACAAUGCUAUUAAUGCCUUAAAGCCAAUCAUCUAAAAUUACCCCUCGUGGGUCCUACUACAAUACAUCUUUCAUAGUUCUAUUUCUCCAAAGUAUCUAGUCUAUUUUCAAGGCCAUCAUUUGAAACUUGUUUCUAGUUCCAUUUCUCUCAACAAUGUCUGUCCUACUCCAGGGCCUUUCGAAGCCAGCAUAUUUUAUCUCAGAGUUUGCAUACAGAUGCACAAGACUGUGUGAGCCUUCUGUCAGGCUUUGAGAAUUCUCUACAAAUCCAUUUCCCUCAAAACCUGAUUAAAAGAGCAUCAUAUUUCUCUGUGUGUGGCCUCAGUUUUUCUUCGGUACUUUUUAGGCUGUGCUUGUUUUGGAAGAGCUGGGUGACAAAGCCAAGCUCCUUAUGUAUGUGAGUCACUCUACCCAUCUCUGUCAGCUUUGAUUCCAUGUGUUUGGCAUGCCAGCCUCUGCAUACCUGUCUAGCAAAGUGUCUUAAUUCCUCAACUUCUCUUGCUUAAAUGUUUUGAGACUAUCUUUCUGUUCAUCUGUAACUUGGAGAUGUUUAUGUCUUUCUGUCUACACAGAAAGCAUAAGCACACUUAUGCUCAUCUUACACUUAAUCUCAUCUUUCUUUAAUAUGUGGAGGAGGCUUAUUAAAGUCUUUAAAAGGUCCCUGGGACCCUCUGAGAAGGGAAAUUCUUGCCACAUGACACUAUGGAAAGCCUGUUGUGUGAUAAACCAUGAUAUGGCAGGGGUUUAUAGAUUGUGGAAAGCGCAGAGAUCUUAUGUGAUACAGACACCACUGCGCAAUGUUUUACUUGACAUCAGUUUUGUAAAAAAGAAAAUAAGAGACCAAACAGGGAAGUUUCAUACAUCUCCUUUCUGCUUCAAAAGUGAUCAUCUACACACCAGCUUGGGGUUACUCUUUCUUCCUCCUUGUCAUGGCUGUGAAAUUCUGUGUCGUGCUCUGCUUUCAACAGAGCAGGCAGGUAAUUUUUUUUUUUUCUUACUACCCUUUUCUCUCUUGGAGAUCUUGAAUAGAACAGCUUGAUUGUCUUGCUCUGUUGCCACUGUUUCACUUCAAAUGUUUAAGUCCAGAUUAAGUAGACUCUAGCUGAGAAAAUCUUAGAAAACGUGAGCCAGGACAUCUUUCUGCAAAGAUGUGUGGAAACUGCAGAAUUUGAAUGAACAUCUCUGUGCAAGUGGGAAAACUUUACUGCAUUCUGUGGAGCUGGUAUCUUUCCCUUAGGAUAAAAUU